GUUAGCGGUAUUGCUCAUCACAUCUAACCUAUUGCGCCUGCCCAUCUUGUAACUUGUACCCACUGCUUCACCAUGUCCCCUCAUGCCAACGGCAACUCCCACGCUGGCUCAUCAUCCGUUCCUUCUCGUUCCGCCGAGCCGCUUCAAGCAUCCGAAGCUCUGUCGGUGCUGGAGUCUUACCACCAUGGAGAUGGAUUGUCAGUCUCGAAGCUGAUGGACUCGAGACGAAAUGGAGGAUUGACUUACAAUGACUUUCUCAUCCUCCCCGGCCACAUUUCAUUCCCUGCUUCCGCCGUGUCCCUGCAGACCAAGGUCACACGAAAGAUCACACUCAACACUCCAUUCCUCUCCUCGCCUAUGGACACUGUGACGGAAGAGCGCAUGGCCAUUUCACUCGCUCUCCAUGGAGGAUUGGGUAUCAUUCACCACAACUGUACUGCUGAAGCUCAAGCCGCCAUGGUCCGCAAGGUCAAAAAGUAUGAGAAUGGAUUCAUCACCGAUCCAAUCUGCUUGGGUCCAGAUGGAGUUGUCGGAGACGUGCUCGACAUCAAGGCGAAGUUUGGUUUCUGCGGAGUUCCCAUCACUGAGACCGGCAAGAUUGGCGGCAAGCUCCUCGGUAUCGUGACUGGUCGAGAUGUCCAGUUCAGAGACCCAUCCGCCACCCUCAAAUCUGUCAUGACCACCGAACUCGUUACUGCCAACUCUGGCAUCACCUUGGAGCAAGCCAACACCAUUCUCAGAGAUUCCAAGAAGGGCAAGCUUCCCAUUGUCGAUGCUUCUGGCCACUUGCUGUCCCUCGUUGCUCGAUCCGAUCUGCUCAAAAACCAAAACUUCCCCCUUGCUUCCAAGGAACCCAACAGCAAGCAAUUGUACUGUGGUGCUGCCAUCGGUACCCGGCCAGGCGACAAGGACAGGCUUAAGCUUUUGGUCGAAGCAGGUCUUGACGUUGUCGUCCUUGACUCGAGUCAAGGCAAUUCAGUCUACCAAAUUGAGUUCAUCCAAUGGAUCAAGUCGACUUUCCCACAUCUUGAAGUGAUCGCUGGAAACGUCGUCACUCGUGAACAAGCAGCUCAGCUCAUCGCUGCUGGCGCCGAUGCUCUCAGGAUCGGCAUGGGUAGUGGAUCCAUUUGUAUCACUCAAGAGGUCAUGGCCGUGGGACGUCCUCAGGGAACGGCCGUCCACGCGGUGUCAGAGUUCGCCAGCCGGUUCGGCGUUCCCACCAUUGCCGACGGAGGUAUCGGAAACAUUGGGCACAUUGCCAAGGCCAUUGCCCUCGGAGCCAGUGCCGUCAUGAUGGGAGGUCUGUUGGCAGGUACCACUGAAUCACCCGGAGAAUACUUCUACCACGAGGGCAAACGAGUCAAGAUUUACCGAGGUAUGGGGUCCAUCGAAGCCAUGGAACACACUGCCAAGGGCGUUCAGGCCGCUGCGGCAUCCAGCGUCGGUCUCGACAACGCCGCCACUGCCAGAUACUUCUCGGAGGCCGACACUGUCAAGGUGGCUCAGGGUGUUUCUGGAGAUGUGGCGGACAAAGGCAGUAUCACCAAAUUCGUCCCGUAUCUCUACACUGGUCUUCAACAUUCUCUGCAGGACAUGGGAGUGAAGAGUGUUACGGAUUUGCAACGUGACUGCCGCGCAGGAAUCGUGCGAUUCGAGUUGAGAACCGCUUCUGCCCAGGUCGAAGGAGGCGUCCACGGUCUCAACAGCUACACCAAGCGUCUGUUUGCUUAGGCUUCAUUACAUGUCAUGCAUGUCUACUGUAC